UUUGAAAAUGUAGAAAACAUCCAUAAAUAUUUAAAUAAAUGAUAUUCUAUUACUGUUUAACAGUGCGAUUAAUCACGAUUAAUUUUUUUAAUUGUGCAAUUAAUUGCGAUUAAUUUUUUAAUCGGUUGACAGCCCUAAUAAUUUUUAAUUCUUUCUUCCUCCCUCACUCCCUUAAGCCCCUAGAAUAUGAAAACAAUAGCACUUAAGUCAAAAUUUCACACCCAGGAUGUUCAAGUGAGUUCAUAAGGGUGGAAAAAGGAAGUCUGCCUUCUCUGCUAAAUGGUGAUUGUCAUAAAUAUAAAGGGAAGGGUAACCACCUUUCUGUAUACAGUGCUAUAAAAUCCCUCCUGGCCAGAGGCAACAUCCUGUUACCUGUAAAGGGUUAAGAAGCUCAGCUAACCUGCCUGGCACCUGACCCAAAGGACCAAUAAGGGAACAAGAUACUUUCAAAUCUUUGUGGGGAGGCUUUGGAUUGUGCUCUUUGUUUAUGUGUUGGCUCUCUCUUGGAACUGAGAGAGGCCAGACAGAAAUCCAUCUUCUCCAACCCAUCCUAAUCUAAGUCUCCAAUAUUGCAACCAGUAUGGGUAAUCCAGGCAAGGUGGAUUAGUUUAUCUUUUGUUUUACGUGAAUUUUCCCUGUGUUAAGAGGGAGGUUUAUUCCUGUUUUCUGUAACUUUAAGGUUUUGCCCAGAGGGGGAUCCUCUGUGUUUUGAAUCUGAUUACCUGUAAAGUAUUUUCCAUCCUGAUUUUACAGAGGUGAUUCUUUUACUUUUUCUUUAAUUAAAAUUCUUUUUUUAAGAACCUGAUUGAUUUUUCAUUGUUCUUAAGAUCCAAGGGUUUGGGUCUGUGUUCACCUGUUCAAAUUGGUGAGGAUUAUUAUCAAGCCUUCCCCAGGAAAGGGGGUAUAGGGCUUGGGGGGAUAUUUUGGGGGAAGACGUCUCCAAGUGGUCUCUUUCCCUGUUCUUUGUUUAAAACGCUUGGUGGUGGCAGCAUACUGUUCAAGGAUAAGGCAAAGUUUGUAUCUUGGGGAAGUUUUUAACAUAAGCUGGUAAGAAUAAGCUUGGAGGUCUUUCAUGCGGGUCCCCACAUCUGUACCCUAGAGUUCAGAGUGGGGAAGGAACCUUGACAAUGGUGAAUGGGAUGGAGUAAACUGGGAUUUUUUUUUUAUUUCUAAAGACAUUUUGCUGGGUGUUCACGGCUCCUUUUUGAAGAGCUUUACAAGUAAUUUGAUAAGAUGGCUGGUGCCAGGCCAUGCUGAAAAGGAAGAGAAGCUAUAGACAAUAUGGUUGAAUACUUGAGAAUUUCUUAAAUGUCAUUAAAACGACUGCAAAUUAGAGUGAUGAUUAUUUCACUCUGUUUUAGGGGGGUGUGAUUUUCAGCGUGUGCGUGUGUGUGUUGUACUGUGAAAGUGUUAAUGGUCUUCUGGCUCUUUAAGAAGAUCUCUUCUCUGUGAUGUCUGUUCAAGUGAGGUUAAGUGGCAAUGUGCUUUAACCAGUGAGCAUGUAACUAAUGGGGGGAGGUUUGUAAUUUCCUGACAGCUCAUAAACGGCAGAAGAGGCUUCUAAUGCACUUUCUCUGCUGUGAGAGAAAAGGGGUCUGCUGAUAAUUGUCCAAGAUUUUGAUCUGAUGGUAUCCCAGAAAAUGAUGAGGAUCAGGGGUUGGCUGAUUGGGCGUGGAAGAAGCAGCCUUAUUGUUGCUCUCCUGUGGGCAGCAUUGGGAAUAAAAGCUACAGGAUGUGACAUGCUUGAAAUCAUUUACUCAUCAGCCAGUUUUAUCCUUAAAGAAGGAGAUCCCCUGACCUUGAAUUGCACAGUGUGGCAUCAACAGAAACAGCCUUCAGAUCUGACGGUCUACUGGUGUAAACUGGCGGAAAAUCAGAACAGCUGUGCUAGGGUUGGCAAAGAUCUGGAAUGCUUGCUAUCAACAGAGCACUUAAAUCCCCAAGCACGGGUCAGCUUGUCUCUGCUCCUGCAGAUUCAUAAUGUCAGCCGUUCAGACAGCGGUGUUUACCAGUGCAGAGCCAAUGCAAGUGACCAGACUGCUGUGGGUCACUAUAUCAGAGUGAAUGUAACAGCAGAAGAAUUAAAUCAUGUGAGUUCUUUGAACACCACAAGGAGUCCAGAGGCUGUCUCCCAAGGCAGCAAAGCUCUGAGGAUGGAUUCCUGGCUGGAAAAGACAUGGGCACUGAUCAUGAUACUCUGGCUGACCCUUUCUUAAAAGGUAGGAAAAGAUGUAUACAUUCUCUAAAGAGAGAGAUCCUGUGAUCUGCCAUCCUCUAAGAUCAUAGUAGAGCCACACAGCUGGAUUUUCAGCAUGACCCCGUUUUCCUUUUUCUUAAGAAAACUGCUAUUUCGUGGAAUGCUUCAUCUCCCAUCACUGCCAUACCAUAGAGAUGAAUGGACUAGAGUCCUUAGCCAGAAAGGCAAAGUGAACCCCACUCUUAGUAAUGCCUUUGCUUUCAUGGGGUGGCACAAGGUGCCACUGCUUCAAGCUUGGUCUCCUGCAGGCAGUAAGAGUGACAUCUGUGGUUUUCUGACGACUUUUAUGAAGCAGGCCGUGUGGCCCCAGAGCUGAUUUGGCUUAUGGGCUCUAAGUGUUUCCUGUUAUAUGUGGUCAUGAGCCUCUAGGGAUUCGCAGGCAGCCCUGAGAUGUGGUAAUGUGAUCUGAGCCAUUGUGCAAUCAAAUAUUGAGUGUGAAGCCAUUUAGUUGAUUUAAAAAUGAGAUGGCCGUCUUAGAGGCAUGAUGACCCUUCAGCUUGAACGCUGGUCUGGCUUUUGGGGACUUAAGCCGGUCUGUAUUUGGACAAGCUUAUGCUUUGUUAAUGUUGACAUAGCACUUGACUCAUUAAUGGGCAGCUAGUUGUUUUUAUUUCUUCAGGCACAUGUGACGAAGAUACAGUUUCUGGUGCUUGGGCAGAUUCCUCUAAACAGCAGAGUAAAAGUUAACAGACUAAACUUCUAUAAAGUUGUAAUAGCAAAUUCAUUGUAUUGCACAGGACUGCAUUUCAGCAUUUCAUGGAACACUGUUUCUGAAGAAGGAUUUUCAGUAGCUUAAUGUCUGAGCACCUGGACGCCAGCUCUGCAGGAUUAUUUAUUGUUUCCUAUACUAGUGGUUAAGCCGUCAACACCCCCUCGUCAGACAGAGGGACUCUCACACUCGUCAGCAUUGGAAGUGGACUUCUGUAGUCUCUGAUGUCAGUCUUGUGUGUUUUGUCUCUGCUAUUACUGAGGAUGGAUUUCUCAGUGUAGAGCAUUUAAAGGGCAGGAAGAGAUUUCUUUCCGUGUCUUCUUUCUGGACCUAUCCAGAGAGAUCUUCUAGUACGCAUUGCCUCAACCUGCUACGCUCGCUCUUUAAAGAAAGAUUCCACAGUGCUUCUUUUCUGUGCCACUCUGUCAUCCACAUUGUCUUCUGCCAUGUUCUGUUCUACUACCUAUUCUCUCUGGGUUGUUUUAAGGGUGCUGGAAGUUCUUAUCUAAUCCCAAGCAGUGGGAGGUAGAAUUCUCUAAAGAGGGUUUUGCAGCUUUUGUAGCAUUGGGAUGGAUUCCAACUGGAUUUAUACUACAGGUCAGUUUGGGGAAUUGGAAAGAGAGACCCUCCAGGGAUUAGCUCCUAGAUACUUGUUUGUUAGUUUAGGUCCAAAAUUGUGUGUGUAUGUGUGUGGGGAGAGGGAACAAUAUAAGACUUUUUAAAUUUCAGUUAACAACUUCUUUGGGGAACAAUUGAACAUCCUCCAUGUGUACAUUGUGGGCUUCUCAGAGCAGAGGUCACACCUUCUUCUCUGUUUGGAAAACUAGCACACUGUGGGUAUUUCUGGAAAUAGCUAAGUAAUAACUGUAAACCUAAACACAGCAGCAGUGGGAUAGUGCAUGAGAACUUGAAAAUGGCUGAAGAUUUAAAGACUAAAGGUUAAAUAGAAUGUUCUACAAACAGAGACCAUAAAUGUGCAAAUUAUUUUUUAAAAAUUCUUCCAUUUUAAUAAUUGUAGACUUUUUAAAUACAGCAUUUUAUCUUGACUAUAUGCUUUUAAAAACAGGUGGCUUUUUUGCAAAUAUAAUUCUAUAAAUCUGCUUUGGGGCAAUAGGGAGUUCCUUUUAGACACAAAAUUUGCUACCAAAUCUACAUAGGAAGGCACUGUGUUUAUAUCUGUUGGCACAUGCAUGAGCAUGAUGCCUCUUGGUAUUUUUGUUUCAAAGUCCAUGAGUAGCUGCCCUGCUUCUGGUGUUUGAUAAGCAUGUCUGACCUAUGCCAUGUUGUAAUAGUUGCGUGCGCUGCAUGGAAUGUAAAGGUAGAGAAUUGUUCUAUAAAUGAAUAAAAUACAUAAGUCAUAUGAUGUCUAUCUCCCUAUUUAUCACUGAGAAUUAUCCUAGUUAUUUAUCAACUCUGAAGGGCUGUGCUUCUUUUUAUGUAUACUCUGUGAUUCCUUUCAUCACAAGUAACCUGAGAGUAAGUGCUCCGUCUGAGUUGUUGAAAUAAUAAAGUGUUUGUUUAUGGCUGACAGAACCUGGUGCUCAAAGAGCAUCCUCACCUUGCAGAGGCAACAUAUGGCAUGUGCGUUUCACCAGGCACGUUGGGCAGGAAGAACACCGUGUGAUGCUAUGGUUUGGGUUCCACUAAGAUGACUCGGGCUCCGCUGAGGUGUUUUUAGGACUGUUAUUCCUCAGACAGCACUCUGUACAGUCACACACAGGAACACGAUUCUAGUUCUGUAGCAUGGUAUAGCUAUACUCCCAUCUAGUGGUGAAAAUAUAAGUAGCAAUUAAAUAAAGAGACUAAUGAGAACUCUAUUUUAAACUUUGCCAGGCACUGGAAGAGAAAAUAAGGAUUGUACCCGCAGAGAGACGCACUUUACUUAAGAAGCUAAAAUCUCUUUGAACUUUCUUGAGUUUCUAUAUUCUAUACAACAUACAAGGUAUAAGCCUUUUCAUGUACAGCAGCUACAAGACAAGUUGUUGCAACCUACAACCCCCAGGCUAUAUAUGUAAUCCUUUCAGUAAAAUGCAUAACCCUUGAUCACAGCAGGGCCACAACUAAUAGGAGACCAUGCAGCACUUCUAUACUGGGAGAAAGGAUUGAGUUUGUUUCCAGGAUGGCUUGAAAGAAACAGAACAUAUUCCUCAGCUAAGCUACACUCAGUGUGACUCCUGUUUCUAUGGAAUAGCUACACAUUAUUUAUCUGUCCAAUACUGACAAAAAGUGGGAUCCCAGAUAGGUAUAGAUAUUUACAUGCAAAAACCUGUAACAUGCAGUUAAGGCUGUAGACACUCUGUAGCCCUGUGCUCCCAGUGCCCUUCUAGCAUGGGAGAGUUUGAUUCCAAAAGCUCAAACGUUGGCAAACCAAGAGUUAAGGUGACAUGUCGCACCAAAACAGCCUUCUUUCAUCUCUGCCCGAAGGAGAUCACAGUAUCAUUCUCUUCCCUCAGCCUCUGCCAACCAGCGGCAAGUACUCUUCAGAUCAAUGGUGCUGCACAGAGCACUGUGAGGGUCCAGUGGACUGUACCAAUAGGAGCUCUGACUUGGAGAUCUUUUGGGCACAGA